AUGGACACUUUUGAGUGCUUCGUCUGUCACAAGAAAUGGACAAGAUUGGUCGAUGAUGGCUGCGUUGCUUGUGGUGGCACUUGUGAGGUUCUGAGUGGUCAUACGUCUCUCGAGGAGCUGACUGUUUCUGGGCGCACUGGUGCUGCAGCAACGAAGCCUCGAAUCGAGAAUUCUGCCGUCAGUGAACAGCCGACCAGUGCUCUCUACAAGACAUUCGGUGACCUGGCUAUCGACAACAAACCAGAUACCUCGAAGCCACGCUGCGCUGCACCCCAACGAGCACCAAUCCCUUCGUUUACACGAAUGACAACACCUCCACCAGGACAAUUACCAUCUCCUCGACCUUUCGUGGCCAGCUAUAUAGUUGAAGCCUCCAACUUCCCAAUUGGCACAUCAGCGAUGCAACUUGAGAGAGCUCUUCGCCAGGAUUGUUACAAUGAUGUCGGACUAAACUGCAUGCAGUCCUGCAAGCAAGUCUUCCUUCGACUCCCCAUUACCUUCGAGCUUGCGUUCUCCGACCUUGAAAUUGCCUUUCGCAUAAUUAGAUCUUACAACAACGUCGACGGUACCGCAGGACGAAUGAAGUUCGAGCUCAUUAGUCCUAAACCACUCACAGAGAAUCACAAACAGCAACCAGUCUCUAAAGGACAGGUCCGUGCUCACGAUGGUGUUCGAACCAACUCUGUAUCUUUGUCGAAUACCGAACUACCUUCAGCGUUCAACACUACCCAAGUAUAUCUGAGCUCAUGCAAUUCCCAGUCAGGCUCUGAUCAGUAUAGUUCCGACCAGCAGUGUUUUGACGAGGAUACGUCAAUUGUUAAGAGAAGAGUCCAGGUUGAGAAUUACAGAGGAAAUCCAGACAAGACAGCAAUAGUGAAGUAUGCCUACUUGCAGGAGAGCAGAAAGCAUGAGGCAUCUCUUUCAGUUCUGGACGAACUUGAGAUUGAUGAAUUCGAUGAUUUCGAUGCGUUCGAUGAGAUAGACGAGGUAAAUGAGGAGGACGAGGAUGAGGAUGGCCUCGAUCUGACGCAAGGAGAUGAUGGUACUGUAGCACAGAGGCGCCAAUCAAUUCAGCAUGAAAUUCCUUUCAAGCGACCAACAUUCCCUACUCAUAUCCAGGUACCACCUGCUGCUGAGAAGAGUGUGUCAACAACCACCAAGAAAAAGAAGCACAAGAAGAAGUCGAAGGCGAAAAAAGUCAAGAAGGAGAACGUGCCCAGAAAAUCACCACCAGUAACAGCUCAGCUCGAACUACCAGAUCCUAUUCCUAUGCCUGCUGCAGACCGAAGUCUAAAUGCAACUUGGAACGACGUCGCGACCAAACGUCGAGCUAAGGCGGACAAAGCUCUCAACAACACGGCUAGACACGCGAGACAGAUUAAUGCGAGCUCAUACUUGGCAAAUCCUGGCGGUGAUCAGCUCGACUCGUGGAAUCCGACGUUAAAUGUACGGUUUGCGAUAGGAAGCGCAAAGCAUGCUGUUUGUCGAACUGUACCACGGAGUCUUCUCGAGUAA